AUGGCGUCAACACCAUUCUCGCUCGAACAUGCGAGCGACGCGAUUCGGGACCUCGGUUUCUACUCUGAAAUGGACCAGGACUUGCGGACUCCUAUGUUAGAAAUGGGACCAAAGAGCUGCUUGUCAGCAGAAGGUUUGGAGUUUUGCAAAAUCCAUGUUAUCGGAGACAAGCGCGCUCGAUCCAUCCUUGAGUCCUUUUUUCCUUCGUGCGGUCUUGCCCGAUACCGGAAAUUCCACAGUGAUCCAGGACACAUCUUUCAGUUCAGAAGUGGAGGUGAGAAGGCGGGCCGGCAUGUUCUGGUCGUGAAAUUGUGGGGUAGUGGGUCAGAAGUGGUUUUCUUUGAUCGUUCACACAGACACAAACUACCCGGUGUUCAUGCCUCUAAUGGUCUAUGGGAGGUACCUUUUGCUGCCUUGGAAUCAGUGGGUUGUGGCGAAGGGUCAGAAAUCCUCUUUGAGCACGGCGGCCUAACAAUCCAGGACGCCCGGCUAGCCUUUGAAAUCAGGAAAGGCACUCCGAUUGCGACCGUGUUUGCGACACCCGACGUCAUUAUGAAAUGGGCGAAAGUUGUUCUCCCAAACACACCGCAAAUAGCAGAAAAGGCCGCCGAACUGCAAGAAGAAAGCGCAAAAAUUGGAUUCCACUUUGAGUAUGAUACAAAAAGGACGGCCGAACCUCCAUCCGUCAUCCCGGGAAAUUGA